AUGUCUGCCAGACGGUAUCGUUCGAAACGGCAACGACCCUGUGAUCAAUGCCGCGAGAGAAAACUGGGCUGCCAGACCGAGGGAGGUAUUCCGUGUUUGCGAUGCCGCUCGGCCGAUCUUCAAUGCACCUUUGACAAUCCGCCUCCAAAGCGCAUCAGGCAAGUAUCGCAGGCCAAUUCCCAAAGCGACCGCACAUCAAACAUUACAGUGCCUGCAGGUGCGGAUGCCUCGCUGUUCUCUUCCUGGGAUGGACCCUUACCGGCUGCUCCCUCUCGUGCCGCCUCUGUGAGCAAUGUCGUAGUCCAGCCGCAACAGUCGUUCGACGUACAGGCUCCUCCAGAUGGACUGUCGCCGGUAGUCUCCAGCCACCCGGUUACUGUAGGUCGGUCGGCUACGCAAUUCGUGCAGAGCCUCGAUCAGCUCGAGGGAUUUUCCGCCCAACUGUUCGGCGCCUCUGCAGAGUCCGAUCCGUGGCUGCUCCGGCAUUGUUCUUUUGAUGAUUCAGGCGUCAAGUGCUUCUACAAGGUCCAUUUUCGCAAUGCAGGUGGGGUUCCUACGGCCGAAAGGAUUCCUGUGCAUUUUAUGAUCUCGGCGGAUGAUCUGGCGACGUCGGCCAAGCAGGAGACCAAAAUGGAUGGCAGUGCUGCCUCGCGUGACGAACUCAAUCGCUUGGUGCCGCAUGACUACGGUCGAAAAUUAGUCUCGCUGUUCGUCAAGUAUAUCUUUCCUGCGUGGCCCGUCAUCUCACGCUCGCAGCUGGGAUUGACCCCCUCGUGCCAAAUCCCGGAACCAUGGGCCCUGGAUCGCACCCCCGUGCAUCUGCUGGCGGCGAUCUACGCCUCGGCCCUCCCUUUCGCCGCUCACGAUGACUACCUCUGCGUACUCAACACCUACAACGCACCGCCUGUCGACCGCCUUUGGCGCAUGGUCUACGAGCUCCUGGCCGAAGAGAUCCACACCCCGCACCUAGCCGUCCUGCAGGCCGCUCUACUGUACGUGCACAAGCCCGCUGACGAGAGACGCAGCAGCGUGGCCGAUUCGCCAUUCGUCUGGUCCUUCGUCGGCACCAUCGUGGGCCUGGCCUCUUCGCUGGGUCUGCACAUCGAAUGUCGGAUGUGGGGAAUUCCCGCGUGGGAAAAGCGUCUGCGCCGGCGGCUCUGGUGGGCCGUUUAUGCCGAAGAUAAGUGGAGGUCUUUGCUGCUGGGUCGACCGGCGUACAUCCACCAUGAAGAGUGGGACGUGAGUGAGCUCGAUUCGGCGGAUUUCACAUUCCAAUCACGCGGGGCCUCCUCGUCCUCGCCGGCUAUCCACCAGUCGAAUUCGCCAGAGAUGGAAGUACCGUUCCGGUAUUUGGUAGAUUUGUCCAGGAUCGCCGAGGACAUCUACGUAUCGUUCUACACACUGCGCGCCUCGCAGUUCCUAUCCGAGAAAUUCAACGCAUCGCACGACACCGGCCGCCCAUUGCUCGAGAAGCUUAACGGCUGGUACUCGUCCCUGCCGGAGAGCUUCCGACUUCCCAACUGGAGCAAAUCAGUAAGUGGACUAGCCCCGUACCCGACCUCCAUCCACUUCGCCUACCUCAUCCUCGUCAUUUUCAUCUACCGCGCCAUGCUACGGCCCAUGGCCCGCUCCUCCAGUCCGCCGCUCAUCUUCGACUUGGACGAGUUGCCGACAGCCUCUGCCGACUCUGCCCUAGUAGCAGAAGACGACUCUAUUCUCGACUUUGCCGACCUCCCAGAAAUCGAGUCCUUCCCGGCCGUGGAGUUGUCAGACGACCACGGCACAGGAGAAGCAACACUCAAUGCGGCGGAACGAUGCGCCUCCAUCGUAAUCAGCUUCACGAGACGACUGACAGCGAGUGACUUCACAGGUUUCUGGUACUCGUGGUCCCGCAUCGGCUUCGCGACAGUCUCCAACUUCACCAUGCUGCUGCUGGUGCAAGCGCCCAACGCCGACCGUGCAGUCAAGGGCAAACACCUAGUCGACUCGUGGCUGCGCGUGCUGAGGUGUCAGAGCCAGAGCUUCCCGAUGAUGAAGCUGGGGUUAACGAGGUUGGACGCGAUGCAUUGGGCGGGUCUGGCGCAGACGUUUGUGCUCCCGCAGCAUGUGCAGCAUGUGAUUACUGAGGAUGAUAGUAAAUGA